UCCCAGGACAUCAAGAGACGCAGCAGGUGUAUUGUCUCGCGCGACUACACUAAUCACACGAUGAAGUGAGAAAGGCUACAGACAAAGAGAUGCAAUCUCAAUCUCCUUUGUUCGAUACAUGUAUUAUUCACGGUCACCGCUCGACUUUCAAAGCUCAUCAAACGGACAAAGGGCAUCGACCAUGGCAACAUUAUUUGUUGCAUGUUAAUCAUUCUUUCCUUGACUUGCUGUCUUACCAUCAAUCACACCCAACCUCUCUGACGAAGCUUUCAACGUGGGCAAGCGGCGCUCUCCAACAACCACGUCCCUCACUGAAAGAGCACAGCAUAUCAUACCACCCAACAUGGCACCCAUCACCCGCCGCAACGGCAUCCUCGCAAAGAAAAUCGCCACCCUACAACUCAGUCUCGCUCCUCUCGUCCCGCUCCCCUCCGGCCCACCACACCCGGCAUUCCCACGAACGCUCCUAGCCUUCCACCUCCUCACCGAAGACGAGUUGGACAGCAUAGCCCACUACUACCAUCAAAGCACCCCCGGCCCGUAUUCAUAUCACUACCCAUCCAACAUGAAUUGGGACAAAGAAUUCCUCGCCAAACCACAACCACCCACCCCCGGCCCCUCCUCUGCAUCCCAACGGCCUAACCGCCACGCUCGCCGCCUCUCCCAGACCGAACAAAACUGGGUCGACGCCCUGCUCAAAACAGUCGAUGGCAUGCGCGCUCCGAUCUUGCGCUCCAAGUCCUCGCCCGACAUUGCCGCUGACGGAACACAUCCGGCUCCUUACGCAGGUCUGUCAGAUCGAGAACGGAUCCGCAUCAAGAGGCGCAAGGUGGGCAAGUUCAUCGGGCUUUGCGGGAUGGAGACGCCGGUGGAGGAGAUUGCGGGCAGGAUACAAGCGAGUUUGGAGAGGGCUGUGCAGAGGAGUCGGGAGGAGAUGCGGCGGAAUGAGGAGAUUAUGAUGAGGCGGAGGAAGAUGAUAUAAGGACGGACUGUAGAGUGUUGGUAUGUG